AUGAGCACACCACAACUUCGUCCAAUACUCGUCAUCGGGGCGGGCAUCUCAGGGCUCACCACAGCCCGUAUCCUCACCAACGCCGGCAUCCCCACCAUCGUCUUCGAGGCCUCGACGCCGGACCGCAGUCAAGGCUUCGCCAUCAGUCUGCGCGAAUGGGGCUAUGCGGCACUGCUCGACGGGCUCGGGGGGCUGCCUCUCAGUAGUCUGACGCGGGGCGUGACGCCGGACCGCCACCUUGGCGGCACUGGCUGGAUUGACGGGGCACUUCGCGACAACCGCACCGGCGAGCUGCUGGUCGCUCCCGACCCGGCAACUAAGCAGUCCAUCGUGCGCGCCAACCGCAACGCGCUGCGCACCUGGAUCGCCGACUGCGGCGACGACGAGCUGGAUGUGCGGUACGGGCACAAACUCAAGAGCUUCAGCGGCGAGCCCGGCAACGUGGCCGUCGAGUUCGAGAACGGCGCCAAGUAUCAAGGAGCUCUUCUCGUUGCUGCCGACGGCGUGCAUUCGACCGUCCGGUCCCAAGUCCUACCGCACGUCUCUCCCGAAGUCGUUCCUGUGGUGGUCUACCACGGCGAGUUUCAACUUUCCCGUGCCGGCUAUGACCGGCUGAUCAAGCCGCUCAGCGGUGCGUCCAACAUCCUCGCCGGCGUCGGCGACGGCUUCAAUACGCCCAUCACCGUCAGCAACGCCACGCCCACACACGUCGACCUCGAUUGGUCCUACUCGCGGCCAACAGCCGGCGACAAGGAUCCGCUGUACCAACCCAACGCCACAGCCGGCGCCGAGGCAACGCACCUCCCACCCGAGCUGCUUGAGGAGCUCUCGUCGCGCGAGCUGGCGUCUCCCUGGUCUCUCUUCCUCAGUCCAGACGCGCUUUCCACCCAGCGCGUCUUCCAUUGGACGAGCCGAUGCGUCUCGGUAACGCGCGAGGACAUUGCACGUGCGGCCGAGCAGGGCGUCGUGUUUAUCGGGGAUGCCUGGCACGCGAUGCCCAUCUUCGGUGGUGAAGGUGGCAACCACGCUAUUGUGGAUGGGGUGGAGCUCGCGGGGGCUAUGGCGCGCGCAGCUCCGGGUGGACUGAAGGCGGCUGUUGAAGAGUAUUGUGACGGGUCGUGGAGGCGCUGCAGAGAGGCUGUGGCAAGGUCCCGGCAGCGCUUUUAUUUGCUGCAUCGUCCGAUGAGGGAAUGGCGUGAGAUUGCGCAGAACAAAGGCCGUUAG